UGUAAGGAAUCAUAAAUUAGACAAAUUCACCUCGAUUAUCUCCUUCUCCAAUUAACUCCAUGUUCAAUUUCUCUCCCCUCUCACUCUCACACUCUAGAGUCUUACUCUUACUCUCACUUGAAACUUGAAAGCUCCAAAGUUAAUGACAAAAAUUAUCUCUCAAUAAAUUAAUCGAAAAAGAGAAUAAAGGUUGUUCUAUGCCAUAUUAAUCUGUACUCUGAAUUUCCAUGGCGGAAAUUGAUCAGUAAUUUUAUUUUGGGUGGUGGUGGUGGUGGUGGUGCUUAUGCUGGUAGUUGUUGAGGUGGCUGUUUGGGUAUGGAAGAUGGUUGUCAGAUGAGAUGUGGUCUCAAAGUUCCAUGUUCGAGUUCGAGGGUUACUCAUUCCUCGGAGCAAUUUCAGCUUCAGGAGGCAAGGAAUCAGAUGAAUAUGAACACGAACCACUGUAUCCUUCCCCAUGAUGUACGAGAACAAGGGCCACUGUCUCCUCAGAUUAAACAGGCACCCACAUCCAAUAUAUUGAAUUUUGGCUCAUGCAAGCCAAUGCACCUUGAAACCGGAAGUUCCUUCCACUCUCUGUCAUCAGCCCCGCCUCUCUCGCAAUAUGAUUUCCAGCGGCAGUUUAAUAUGCAUUCUUCCAGUCAUGGCUGCAUUCCAGAUACUUCUGCUCAGGGUAAUGUUGGCAAAAUGCCAACUUGGGCAUUGUUUCAGAAUAGUACAAACUUUAAUGCAAGAGAUGGAGUAGACGUUCACCCUAUUUUCCCUUCGAGACCUGUCAUGAAUGCCAAUAAUGGUAGUAGUCAUGGCCUAUGUGACGACAUCAAUGCUCUGAGGCAAUUAAUCACUCAUCCUGGCUCCAGGAAUGAAAGUGGAAUCAAUACUUCUUUGCAAAAAGGGGUAACUUGUGCUCCUACAAGAAGCAGUAAUUUGCCAGAUGCCUCUUUGCAAACACCAUCGUCUGUCUAUAAUAAACAAAGUUCAGUUGCGGGUGGCUGUCCUCGUGUCUUCUGCAUGGGUGCAAGUGGAGAUCUACUUCUCAGCAACACAGGUGUUUUUGGUAUUCUGUGCUCAUGCCAUGGUUUGCACAUGUCAGUAUCUGAAUUUUGCGAGCAUUCAGGGUUAUCUGAUGUUAAUCCCGGAUAUGCUGUACGCAUGGAUAGUGGGGAGAGCAUUGCUCAAUGGCGUAAGGUGUACCUCCAAAAUUUCGGGAUUAGGGCUCCAGGGGAUCAUAGAGGAUGGGACUGGCCGGAAAGAUUGUUAGCAACUUCUGGCUUGACAAAUAGCAGCAUGGCUGUUGCUGACAGGAGGAAGGUUUUUGACAUGUCUAGUCUGUUUAAUUCAUCUGCAGAGUCUUCUCUGCAGCCUCAGAAUAAUGUGUCCACAAGUAGACCUCGAUCAACCCAGGAAUUUUCUAAUCAAAUCUUAAAAAAUGCUCAAAUGGAAAAUGGUUGUAACCACUGCAACAUGGGAACCUCCCGGAGGAACUCACACAAUAUGACAGAUGAUCCAAAAAUAGCUAGCCCUACUCUAAGAAAUUCGAAGCCUUCAUUGCCGAGUGACAAAGAAGGAUCAGGGAAUGGUUGCCACUGUGAGAAUUCGUUUAGUUCUGCGUUUCAGAACUUGCAGAGUGUUGGCUCCAGGGAAAACAAUAGUUCAAAGGAUAAAGUUGUUCUGCAGAGAGGUCCUUUCUCUUCGAGCAUUGAUUUGAAGCUUGGACAGCCAUCUCAGUUGAGUCGGGGUACAGGACCAAUUGCUCUAACAACUGUAAGACAUCACACUAGUGGAGUCCAAGCAGCAACUGUGCAGGAAAAGCUGAAUCAAAAUUCAAAUUCAAAGGUUUCUGAAAAAAACACGCAGCACUUGUUUUGCAAAUUUGCGGCGGAUUUUAGCAGAACAAAAGAAUUAUUCCUAGCAGGCCCUUUAAAUAAUGCACCAACUUCAUUCCUGGCAAGCCCUCUGAAUAAUGCACUGAUUUCUACAAACAGUAUUGUUCAUGCGGAGCACUUGAAAGACGGAUUGUAUAGUAGUUCUACAAUGUCCGUGCCGGUUCGCUCUUCUAAUAAUACAGCUGGAGGGAAUUUGUAUAAUAAGGAAAUUAACAAGAGGAAGACAGACAACCAUUCUUUCAGUCCUCGGACGCUUCAUUACCAGCCUUGUUUAGAUAGGUCUGUACUGAUAGAUUUCUCGUGUAAUGGAGAUGCACCAAUCAGACCUUCAGACAUCAAUAAAUCAGCUUUGCCAAAUAACAUGGGCAGAAUCAGGGAUGCUACAUGUGGGCGUGAAGGAUCCAUUGUUGGGAGUGAAUCAGGAUCUAGGCUUUAUGCUAAAGAGAUGGAAAGUUCUGGUUUUACUGGAAAUGGGAAAUCCUGUAAUCCUAAUGGUUGUGCAUUGACUUCUGCAAAGUUUACCAUACCUGAGACAGGUAACAUCCCGUCAGGUGUCUCUGGUGCAUCAAACUAUGUUGGGAACACCUGUAACCUGGCAAGCAAUCCUGAUCGAGAUCAGUUCUCCAAUAAAUUGAAAAAUUCAUCUUUUAAUUUUAGAACAACUCCUACCCUGCAGGCAACUUCCUCUGGCUUCACCCCUUUAUCCACAUUCCUGGCUCCAGGUUAUGGUUCUGUGUCUUUCAGCAAAGAUGUUGAAGCUGUAAACUCACGUAUCAGAGAUGAGAGUUUGAAACUUCUUUCUUUGAGGAAUGUAGAGAAAUCAUUCAAGGAAAAGCCCAUGGAUGCUUCCCUUGUACUUGAUCAGCCAUCAAGAAUUCAUGCCGACAAAAGACAACAAAGCGAGAACUGUAAAAUUCCUGAUUUGAGAGCACAUGCUUUAUUUUUUGAUCACGGGUCUUUCGAAGAACAAAGACAUGGUCGUCCAUUUUCUGUUGGACACAUUGUCUCACCAUCCUUCCUGCCAGAUGUUGGUCAUAAGAAAGGUGAGAAUUUGGGUGCUGUUACUGAAGAGACGACGUUACUUUCUAAGUUAGCUGACAAUUAUAACGAAGAUCCAUGUAAUCGACAGCCAAAGCAACAAUCUUCACUGAGUGUUGAAAGACAAGAAAAUAUGGAAUGUGGUUGUAACAUGGUGAAAAGGUGCAAUGGAGGAUCUUGUCAUAUUUCAGCCAAAUGCAGUUACAAUGUUCAGACAGUGUGUUCGAAGAGAAAUCAAGAAAACAUUGCAGUUGUUGAAACCCCUAGAUAUAGUAGUUCAAGGAUUUCUGAGGACCGCGUGUUUAUUGAAAAGACAACUGGGGUAGAAUGCAAUCAAAAGGAAAAGGAACUUAAAUUCAAAUCUGAUUGCGGAAAUUCUCAGUGGAUAGAUGUUCCUUCCAAGGCAUAUACAGUUUCGAAAAUGAUAUGCCAGGAUGCACCAACACAUUUAUUGGACACUAGGGAAGAGUCUGAAACUAACUUGAAAGAGCUUGCUGCUAAAGGUAUUUUCAAAUCGGACCAGGCAGCUGAGUUGUUGAAAGUGAAAGAAUUGUCAAACAUUUCUUCUGGAUGUUCUGCACCAGUUGUUACCCAAGAAUCUAAUGAGGUCAACAUGAUUGAUUCUGGAACUGUUGGUGGCUGUCAUACUAUGUAUGGCAAUGGCCAAAUAGCAGAUCAAGGAUCAUCUGCUAUUUCCAGAAGUUCUUCUUCCGUUGAAGCAAUUGAUAGUGUUAGAAGUUCAAUUCUUGUUUGUGACGGUAAGACUAAAUCUACCGAAGAUACAUCUUUGACGGUGUCGGAAAAUGUAGCACAUCACGAAGGAAUCAAUGAAUUUAGGCAAACAUAUUCAAAUGAAUUGCAAAAUUUUACCGUCUCUGGAGGUAGUUCUGAUGAAGUAUCUAAUAAUACUCAGAAUGAUGAUGGAUUUAAGCGUACAAAGAGAAAGCGUACCACUAAAUGGAAGACGCUAGGAGCAUCAUUCACCGUCUCAAAUCAGUCUAAUCAGAUAUCAUCGAAGAUGCAUAGUGUUAACUCAAGUUAUAACAGUCUCAAGCAAGGGAGGUCUGCCAUGGUUGCAGCCAAAAUGCUUUCUCGUAAAAGAGAUUUAAAUAGGAUAUAUAACAGUGUGGAGGGUGGGCCCAGCAAUCAGAGACUAUUGGAGGACAAUGAUCACUCCAUCGACAUUCCAGAAAAUGCUAUUGUCAAAAACUUAAAACAGGUUAAGGCUACUGAAGCUGACAAGGCUACUAAGGCUGUAAAGGUAUAUAGUUUGGACAAUUCAACUUCCAAUAGAACUUUGAAGAACAGUGCAAAAGGCUGCCAACAGGCGAAGCCUGUAGCUUGUGGAAAGUACGGUAUUAUAUGUGAUCAGGAAUUAGAUUUUGACCAAUUAAGGCCACCUAAAAUUGUUCCUCUGAGCCAGGUUCUAAAAGCUUCCGAAAGACAUGCUAAGUUUGAGAAAGAACCUGUGUUACCUUCAAUAAGAAAGAAGAAGAAUGUUCGUUGCAAUGGUGGAAGAAAACUCCCUGAUCUACCAUUUAGUUCCCAUCGAUCCCAAGGUAGCCAAUUCAAUAAGUUUUCAUCAUGUCAUAGUCGGGAAGGUGCUUCUAUUCUGGAGACUCAGCAAAUGCACCUGGACAAUACACAAUCUGAUGAUCCUGAUGCAUCAGAAGAAGGUGGAGCUGAUGGAGGUGAAAGAAAUCUAAGUGUUUCAACCUCUCGCCCAGCUGCUAUAUCAAAGACGAAGGAAAUUCGUAUGCGCAGCCUCUAUGAGUUGUCUAUGAGAGGUAACAAAUUCAUAUCUUCAGAUAUCAGUCGUUCUCAGAAUAUAAUGAGUGCUUCAUCAACAGUAUGUGAACUGGAAAUGAACACACAGGAAAAUGCUGGAAGAAGUGAAGGUGGUGAACAUAGAGCUUCUGGUAAAAGAUCCUGUAGAAAACUGCACUGUAGUUCUCUGCUUACGAAAAUGGAUAAAUUAUGCUGCGUGUGUGGAAUCUCAAACAAAGACAAUGCCAACUGUUUGUUGGAGUGUGGACAUUGUUUAAUCCAAAUCCAUCAGGCUUGUUAUGGAAUUUCAAGAGUGCCAAAAACUGAUUGGUAUUGCAGACCAUGCAGAACAAGCUCUAAGGAUGUUGCUUGUGUCCUCUGUGGUUAUAAAGCUGGAGCCAUGACUCGUGCAUUUGGCAGCCGUAAUGUGGUGAAAAGUCUUUUGAAAGCAUGGGAUAUUAGGACAGAACCCCAUAUUAUGAAUUUGGGUUCUGCUGAAGCCUUGUAUGUUCCAGCAAAGAUGGAGUGUCGAAACAAUUCAGAAAGUGCAACGUAUCAGCCCUGUCCUUCAAUAAAACCAGUGGUGCAUAAUAGCAUAAUAUCAGGAUUGUUUGAUCCAACUGUCAAGCAGUGGGUCCAUAUGGUGUGUGGACUAUGGACUCCAGGAACAAGAUGUCCUAAUGUGGACACCAUGAGUGCCUUUGAUGUUUCUGGUGUUUCCCUUCUGAAAGACUACAUGGUUUGCUACAUAUGCAAGCGGCCUGGUGGUUCAUGCAUACGGUGUUGUGUUGAGACGUGUCAUACUCAUUUUCAUCCAUGGUGCGCUCAUCAGAAGGGUCUGCUGCAAAGUGAGGUUGAAGGAGUUGACAGGGAUCAGAUUGGUUUCUAUGGAAGAUGCUUUAUUCAUGCUGAUUCCAGAGCUUGUCAUGUAGAGAAUGAUAAUGAUACUAACAAGGCCGAUUCCGAAACUGAGCGAGAAGGAGAACCAACUUGUGCCAGAACAGAGGGUUAUAAGGGGAAAAAACAGGGAGAUGUGCAGUAUUCUUCCUAUCAACGUAAUGGUAAGGAUGGGUGCCUUGUCACUCAGGUGCAAUUAGACGCAUGGCUUUACAUCAAUAGACACAAGCUGAGCAAGAAUAAGCAGCCUAAACCUCCAAUUUCAGAUGUAGACCAUGAUUAUCGGAAAGAAUAUGCUCGAUACAAACAAGCAAGGGACUGGAAACAUUUGCUAGUGUAUAAAUCUGGAAUUCAUGCUCUUGGUCUGUACACUUCUCAGUUUUUUCAGCGUGGUGCUAUGGUUGUUGAAUAUGUGGGUGAGAUAGUGGGGCACCGUGUUGCUGAUAAAAGAGAGAGUGAGUAUCUUUCUGGAAAAAAGCUUCAGUAUAAGAGUGCAUGUUACUUUUUUAGGAUAGACAAAGAACAGAUUAUCGAUGCUACCUGCAAAGGUGGGAUAGCUCGAUUUGUCAACCAUUCUUGCCAGCCAAACUGUGUUGCCAAAGUGUUGACUAUCAGGGGCGAGAAAAAGGUUGUAUUUUUGGCUCAAAGAGAUAUUUACCCUGGGGAGGAGAUCACUUAUGACUAUCACUUCAAUCGUGAGGAUGAAGGUAAGAAAAUCCCCUGUUUCUGCAAUUCAAAAAACUGCAGGCGUUAUUUGAACUAGAUGAAGAUGUAAAUUCAAUGGGCAACAAUGUUUUAUUAGUUACCAUAAUUUAGUCUGUUGUACAAGUUUCAGUUUCAAAAUUUUUGAUGUAAAUACUAGGUGAUUGCACCUUGUGGUAAAUGUUAAUAUAGCUGUAAAAAUUCCAUUCUAGUCGA